AAAGGACGUCGCUGAAAUUCAUAGAAAUAUACGUUUUAGUUACCGCCUGCUCAAUGUCUUGUCUUUAUACGUUCAACCGCAGUUGUCAGUGAAAAAUUUCGUUGCUAGCUUAUAUUAAGGAGUGGUUUCAGUUCCUACGCUACUUACAAAAUACGCACACAGACAUCAUCCAGCACAUUAACAGGUAACGAGAUCAACCAGCUGACAGACCACAAAACCUUAGCAAAAGCCUGCUCUGUGUGCACAAAUACACUGAGCCUUGAGCCACAUAACGUCACUUAACUCUGCUUAUGCACAACCACAUUUGGUGCUAACAUCAGUGCUAGUGAAUGCUACCAAACGGUAGCUAGGUAGGCUAAAUUAUCUACUGACAGACGCUACAAGUCGCCCUGGCUAACGGGCUUAACUCGGCUAGCGAACGAUGUGGCAGUGCGUUUAAAUACUUAACUGACAAACACAUUUUCAUGCAUACAAAUGUCAACAGUGAAACAUUUUAAAACCCAUUCCGCUCAGUCUUCAUACUCACCUCGAGAAUCACAUAUGAAGAGUAGCUAGCGUGCUAGCUAGCUUGGCUAAAGUGCUUCAGUGCGAUUUUUUUUUAGCUUUUUGAGGCAUUCGUCGAGGCUACAAGAACAGCGAAGCCUGAGCGGAAAGUCAAGUAAGUGGCAGAUGAUGAAAAUAUACGCGCAAUUAGCUACUGGUUUGUAAAUAAGCACUAAUGUUGUAAUAGUGUAAACCGUAAUGUGCAGAAGAAGUUAAAUUUCAAAGCGCUGUGGAGUCAGUCGGUUGACGGGCGGCCAUUUUGCUGCUCAGCAUGAUGCGUCUCCAAUGGCCAGGCUGUGGCAGCUGCGUGGACGCCUUCUGACUGGCUGGCUGCAAACGGGAGGGAUACAUAAAAAAAAAUACGCUUUUUGACCUUCAUAAGCUUUCCACAGCCAAACUCACCCCCUCUCCGCUAUAUUAAAAAAACCCCAAGCGUAUGUGCUGUCAUUGCUACUUCAGUUGUGACCAGAAGACUGUAAGCACUCAACAGCUAAUCCAUAAACGCGCCUGACAUACUUGUUUCUUAACAGCAUGGCUCCAAAAAAGACAGCAGCCAAGAAAAGAAAAUCGGAGGACGACUUGGAGGAAAAGAGUAAAGAAGACACUGAGGAAGAUGCCGAGGAAGGAGGAAGCAGGAUGAGAAAGAACCAUAAAAAUAAGAAAUAUAUUGGCGCUCACGUUGGCAUCCAGGGGGGGAUAUGGAAAGCAAUUGACUCUUGUACGGAGAUGGGUGGCAAGUGCUUCGCUCUGUUUCCGGGCUCUCAGCGGUCUUGGAAAAGGCCACCACUGGACCUGAAAGCUGGAAAAUUUCGGGAGCAACGUACCCUACAGGGGUUUGACCCUGUGCACAUUGUUCCUCACGGGUCCUACCUGAUGAACUGUGGAUCACCAAAGGACGAUGUUUUUGAGAAGAGUCAGGCCUUGCUGGUGGAUGAGCUCAGUCGUUGCAGCAUCCUAGGACUCAACCUUUACAACUUCCAUCCUGGUUCUUCUUUGGGUUCCAUCAGCACUGAACAGUGCAUGGAUAACAUAGCAGGUGCUAUCAACCACGCUCACCGGCAAACACCUGCUGUGGUAACAGUGUUGGAGAAUAUGAGUGGCCAAGGCAGCACACUAGGUGGAAAAUUCUCUGAGCUGAAGGGCAUCAUAGACAAAGUGAGAGACCAGACCCGGGUCGGAGUGUGUCUGGAUACCUGCCACGCUUAUGCAGCAGGAUAUGACCUGGCUCUAAAGGGAGGAGUGAAGGCCAUGCUGGAUGAGUUUGAUCAGGAGGUGGGACUUGAAUACCUUAAAGCUAUUCACCUCAAUGAUUCCAAAGGGAAACUGGGCUGCAACCUUGAUCGCCACGAAGACAUUGGUAAAGGUCACAUUGGAAUCUCUGCUUUCCGAGAUAUUGUCAAUGAGCCCAGACUGGACAAUAUCCCCCUGAUCCUGGAGACACCUGGACGGCCUGGAUUUGAGUAUGCUGAGCAGAUUGAACUUCUCUAUUCGCUCUGCAAGAAAAGAUAGAAAAA